AUGGUCGCAAUCAUUCGAGAAUCUCAUGAAGAACAAACGUGGCUUUUUGAGAAUUCAAUCGAGAAACUUUCAGUUGGUCAAAAGUACUUCGCUGAAUUUCUGAAGGGCGAGUACUCGGACGAGAAUAUACUUUUCUGGCAAGCAUGUGAAGAAUUGAAACGAGAAAAAAAUGCCGAAAAGAUUGAAGAAAAAGCACGCAUCAUAUAUGAAGAUUUUAUUUCCAUACUCUCUCCAAAAGAAGUCUCACUGGACUCCAGAGUACGUGAAAUUGUCAACACUAAUAUGUCACGUCCGUCGUCUGCGACCUUUGAUGAGGCACAAAAUCAAAUUUACACUCUCAUGCAAAGAGACUCAUACCCGAGGUAUAUUUUUCUACCAGUCAGAUCGCCCGGCUAA